AUGGCAUACCAACAAACAGGCGGUAUGCUCAACAACGCCACGAAUGCCGCCCAAGCGAACGACCACCAUGGUCCGCAGGGUGCCGAAUACACGUUGCAGGGCGUUAUGCGCUUCCUCCAGAUCGAAUGGCACAACCACGAGCGAGCCCGGAACGCAUGGGACAUUGAGCGCGCUGAGAUGAAGGCUAAGAUCGCAAAGCACGAGGGCGAGUCUCGCCAUGCAAAGAGAAUCAACGAGCAGCUCGAACGACAGGUGCGCAUGCUCGAAAGCGCCCUCAAGCAGGAGAGGAAGAAGAAGGGCAGCGACCCCAAUGCGCCCCUACAACCAGACGGUGCUGUCUCGCACUCUGCCAGACCAUCCCACGACUUGCACAACUCGUUCCUCGACACUACUCCCGACAAGCAGCAGUACAGAGACAAGUCCAAGAAAUUCCUCGACCGAUGCCUAAACGAAGUCCAAUACCUGCUUACUCCUCAGCCGCACCCUCCGCCGCCUCACGUGUCCAUGCAGAACCCUCCAGCUUCCUAUACCGGCCUACCUGAUCCUCCAGUCUCGCUCGAUGACCUCUACUUACGUCGCGCCGGAAGACCCUACCCUCCCUCUUCCCAUGUACAACUGCAGCCUCCAGUCAAUCUCUCCUCCGAGGACCAGAAGCGUCACCUCGCUCUGUCUAUGCCCCCUGCACAACCUCCUACCCAUACCUUACCCCAGCCUCCGCAGUCUCAAUUCGUACCACUGGACGAGCCCGUAGAGCAGGUUACACAUUCCUACGAUUCGUACGGUCGUCCUGUCGCUUCCACUCCGGACGCCGCUCCUCGCUCCAUAGUUACUCAGGACUCCUCGGUCGAUGGUUGGAACUUCGACGACCAACAAUCUCUACCCGAACAACCUCCUACCGAAUUGCCCCAACCUCCCCGAAGACCUGACACGGAUUUGUUCCCUAGUGCAGCAAACCCUCCUUCAAGAUCUCCUCCGCGUACUGGUUCAGGUCGUCGCAGAUCGUCAGGCUCACAAGGAAUGGCCAGGAGAAGAAGCUCCGGUUCCCAUGAUCUUCACGAUAGUGGCUCGGAGCUUACUGCAAAGCCAGAUCCGUCACAGUUCAAGGUCAAGUUUGCUCUUCGCGGUCAUCUCGAUGUUGUCCGAUCCGUCAUAUUCACUGGUGGCGGCAGCCCAUCGGAGCCCGAAAUUUGUACUGCUGGCGACGAUGGUACAAUAAAACGCUGGAUCAUACCCGCUAGCUACACCAACUUCCAGAACAACGCAAACAACGAUCUGGAUAUCGCUUGUUACUUCACCCACCGCGGCCACGAGGGUGUGGUCACUUCUCUCGCAGCAUGUCCUUCGACCAGCUUCUCCACAGGAGGCCGUGUGUCAGGAGACGGCUGGAUUUUCUCAGGCGGCCAGGACGCUACGGUUCGUGUUUGGGAGCGUGGGCGAGUCGAUCCGAAAGCCACUCUGGAAGGCCACACGGAUGCUGUCUGGACCGUAUGUCUUUUACCUGGAACCGUUUCGUCCGUCUUUGGAACUCAGAGCUCGAGUUUCGGUGGACCUGAUCGUAUUUUGCUUGCCACAGGUUCUGCUGACGGCACUGUCAAAAUCUGGUCUGUCAGUGCUCCACCACAAUUGGUCUCUCCGCAAGCAGGUUCCAGACGUGGUGGUAGCCGUCGUCACUCUGUCACCUCUGGCAGCAACCACCCCAGUUCUCCCCAACCCAACGUGGCUACAAGUACACCAUUCCACUACACGCUUGUUCACAGCAUCGAGCGCGAGUCUGCUCCAGGGAUUGCGCCUACUUGCAUCUCUCCUCUCAGUCCGUCAGGCGAGAACUUUGUUGUUUCAUAUACAGACUCGAGCGUACUUAUCUUUGAUACAAGGACUGGCGAAGAGAUCAUCGGAAUGGCGAGUAAUGAGACGUAUGAUGGAACAUUGACUACAAGCAUCAACGCCGUGGUUGCCACUAGCAGUGCAUCGCUCGGCCUAGAAACAGGAUCGUCAUAUAUGGAUAGAGCGGACCAAGAGGAAUCUGUGGGUGCCGGGCCGACGGGCUCAGCACAAGGUGUCGAGGGCGUAAUUGUCAGUGGCCACGAGGAUCGAUACAUUAGAUUCUUCGAUGCAAACAGCGGGCAAUGCACAUACACGAUGCUCGCACAUCCCUCAGCCAUCUCAUCGCUCUCCUUGUCCAAGGACGGCAGGGAAGCAGUUUCAGCUGGGCAUGAUGCAUCGAUCCGGUUCUGGUCGCUUGAGAAGAGGCAAUGCACGCAAGACAUUACGUCGCACCGACCCAUGAGGGGCGAAGGCGUUUGCAGCGUGGUGUGGAGUCAGGACGGCAGAUAUGUCGUCAGUGCAGGCGGCGACGGUGUAGUCAAGGUGUUUGCGCGAUAG